CGUCCCUUUACAGCUGCAAUGGCUGACAAUCCCAAGAAAUUUGUUUUUCAUCUGCUGCAGGGAAAGGAAUUCCCUUCUUUAUCGAACAAAGAUAACCAAGAUUACCUUAUGAAAUGGUCCAUGAAAGGACGCAUCACUGCACAAGCAUAUAGCUUUGACCAGAUGUUUCAAGCCUAUGAAAAGGACCAGUUUGUUCUGGAUUUCUUCAGGGAUGAAAACGUUGUCUCAACUCUUCAGAUGUUGUCCUCAUCUGGAAAAUGGACACCAGUUGGUGUGAAAGCAGAGACAGUGACAGCGACACUGAUUCCCUGCACAGUGAUGUCCAUGGCAUUCUUUGACAAACUUUAUGAGGAGAGACAGAUUGUGAGGCAGUCAGGGCACAUCAAAAAAUGCUUGGAUGAGUUUUUUGGAGAUUUUGUUGCUUCAGAUGAACUUCGACAGAUGCUCCUAAAUGAAGACUCAGACAGUUUUUGUGUUUUUAAUGAAACGGAUCGUGAAGAGUUCCUCUUUCACCUGUUCCAACAUAUUUGCCUGGGAGGACAGGUGUGCCAGUAUGAGGACACUGUUGACCCAUACCUUGAUUUCACCAAACAGCUAUACAAGGAUCUAAUCACUGUUCAGAAAAAGUCUGAAACAAAAGAACUCUUCAUCACCUCAUCAGUGUUCAAAGUUACAGCUGCAGAUGCCAGUGGCACCUACUAUCCGAGCGAGAAGCCGCACCCACAGACGUUCAGCUACCUAAUUGUGGACCCCCUCAAGCGACAGGUCAGCGUCUUGUAUCAUCGCUUUGGCUCCAUUUCUUUUGACCAGUAAGCCCCUUGGCAUCGUCUCUCCAGGCACGAGAUCAGAAGAUGCAGGAGAGCAGGACUGGUGCCAACUGACACCAACAUGGGAGGAGCUUCAAGAACUGUGCUGGCAGAUACAAGUCGAAUGGAGAAGUGCAAACUAAAACUACUCUAAACAAGCCACAAACGUCUGCAGAAGGAAGUUAAGAACGUCAGUGUUUUGUCAGCGACAGAAAAUUUUUACUGCUGUGCGAUGUUGUGUGCUUAGUUCUUGGAGCAGUGGGAGUCUGUUUCAACACACCUCACUGCAAGUUUGAGUCUUCAAUUUCCAUCAAAUGGUGGGUUACAGUAGUGUGCGACACAACAACAUUUUGAUUUCUGUAAAGAGACAAUAAUCUUCCUGCUGGCUUUGUCCCUGAACAUUUCUGUCGACACAAAGCAGGUUAGUUUGGCAAUAAAGAUUUUUGUUUUGCCA